AUGUCUCUCCUGCCUCCCAGCAGAACCAAGAACUGCUACCAAGUUACAAGUAACAUCGAAGAGUUGUUCGCAGAGGGCAUUCUAAGUUCAGCUACUGUCCUGGUGCUGGUCAAUGCUAUCUACUUUAAAGGAAAGUGGACUUCAGAAUUUAAUAAAGACGACACCAAGGAAAGACCUUUCAGGUUAAACAAGAAUCAGACCAAGAAUGUGCAGAUGAUGUUUCAGAAUGGCUACUACAAUCUGGCCAUCAUAGAGGAACCUGAGAUUCAAGUGCUCGAAUUCCCCUACGGUAAAAAAGGAGAAGGAGAACUGAGUAUGUUCAUUUUUUUACCAAAAGAUAUCAAGGAUAACUCCACUGGCCUGGAACAGGGAAAUCCUCUGAUCUCUGAGGGUGUGUAUAAAAGGCUUAUAUACGCUGCCUAUGAAUGCACUGAUAUCUUUGCUCAUCUUCAAUUACCUGGGCAGUACAGACAGAAGAAAAGGCAAUAGUAAAGGUUCUUUAUAUUUUCUCCCAUUUACUGUGGAUUUUGAAGAUGCCCGUUAUUAGACCGAGAACAUUCUAUUUCAUUUCCUUAGACAAAAUAUACAUGGUAAAUUGCUAAUGAAUAAAACUUUGGGGAUUUAAAAAAAAUUCAACAAUUAAUCCUGAAAAUAUGACUUUUUAGUGACAAUCUAAAAAAUGUUACUUUGGGAGUGCGGCAGGAUUGAGCAUCAAUUGUGCUGGUUAGAU